CCGUCCAGCGCGAACAUGCCGAGAGGAUUUUUGGUGAAAAGGAACAAGAAAACCAACCCGGUAUCGUACCGGGUUCGGUCUGAGGAGGAGGAAGCGGAGCAAACAGUGGCUGACGCGCCGCCGGUGCUGCCGCCGCUGCCGCCGUCCUCCUCUGCGCCUCUGUCCACCGUCCCGGCGCGCUCACAGACGCCGACGCCUACCUGCGGGGCGGCGGCCACAGCUCCGGAGCAGGACGCUAAACCGGUGCAAUUCGGGAACCCAGAGGCGGUGUACCAGGCGCUCUACAGCCCCACCCGCCCUGUCAGCCAGGACCACGACCGUUCGUACUUCGAGAGACGCUUCAAUCUCGGAUCACCAGUUUCCGCAGAGUCUUUCCCCACACCAGCAGCGCUCACCGCCUUGGACCACCUCUUCGCCCCGGUGGACCUGAAAAUCGGCUCCAGCAACAGCAGCCGCACCGAGACCAGCGCCACGUCCACCGGGUCGCAUCCCACCGCCGGGACCAAACGAGCGUCCAGUGACACCGAGCGCAAAGGCAAACCGCCGUCCAAGAAAACCAAAGCUAUCCGGAAACUGCACUUUGAGGAUGAUGUCACCACAUCUCCGGUCCUCGGGCUCAAGAUUAAAGAGGCGCCCGCGGACCAGAAGCCUCCCAGACCCCAGCUCGCCGGAGGAGACAACAACCCACUGGGUGAGUUUGUCUGCCAGCUGUGCCGAGAGGCGUACGCAGACCCGUUCGCUCUGGCGCAGCACAAGUGCUCCAGGAUAGUCCGUGUUGAGUACAGGUGCCCUGAGUGUGACAAGGUGUUCAGCUGUCCGGCCAACCUCGCCUCGCACCGGCGGUGGCACAAACCGAAACAACAGAGCGGAGCCUCCGGUGCUCAGAAUCUGGAGAGCGACAAGGUGGGCGCGUCCGGUAAAACGGAUGAAGCGAAGGAUUCUAGUGACAGGGACACACCCAGCCCCGGGCCGUCCGAGUCCGGCUCAGAGGAAGGGCUGUAUGAUUGUAAUCACUGUGGGAAAAAGUUUAAACGCCAAGCCUACCUGCGAAAACACCUGGCGUCACAACACGGCUCCCCAAAACCGGCGGAGGAGGAGGACGCGCCGCCCUGCGAGCAGAUCGCGGCGCCGCUCAACCUGAGCUCCUCCACCUGCCACCUGUGUCCGGUCUGCGGGGAGAACUUUACCAACAGAGGCAGCCAGGAGCGGCACAUCCGCCUGCUGCACUCCUCACAGGUCUACUCGUGCAAAUACUGCCCCGCCAUCUUCUACAGCUCCCCGGGACUCACCAGACACAUCAACAAAUGCCACCCGUCCGAGAACCGGCAGGUGAUCCUGCUGCAGAUGCCGCUCCGCCCCGCCUGCUGAUCCUGCUGAUCCGGGACUUAGGGCACCGUCCGCACUGUCAGAUAACAAGAUGACAAAGUCCAGCCUUGUUUCUGAGACGAUUUUCAGAGUUACACUGCAAAAA